CAUAGAAAAAAGGAAACGACCAAAGCAUCCAUGGCUACCUUUUUCCUCAUCUCAAAUCCAUUGUCUCAUCCUUUUACAUUUGCUUCCUUCAGGGCCCCACCAUUAUCUAGAACUCCGGCACUUCGCUUCUCCGUCGCCGGCUGCCGGAAACCGAGGGUCUCGACUGUGGUUACACGUGCGGGCCCCAGUACCAGCAGCUACGUCUUCGCCUUCGCGCUCCCAUUCUCUCUCCUUGCCAUCACAGCAUUCACCUCCAUUCGAAUCGCCGAAAAGCUCGACCAACAAUAUCUCGAGGAGAUGGCAAUAAAUGAAGCUAUCAUGGAAGCUGACGAGUAUGAAGAUGACGAUGAAGAUGAAGAUGAAGAUGAUGAUGAUGACAAUGAUAUGGAAACUUAUUUACAAGAUGAACCUGCCCUUCCACGUCGCAACAGGCCCAAAAGGGAAGCCUAAAAUAUCAUCGUACGUACCUCUAAAAUUUUUUCCAGGGUGUUCUUGCUGCUGUAGAUAGAUCAGCACUUAGGAAUGCGUAGGGAGGGAGAAGGAAGAUGUCUUUCUUCAAGUUUCCCUCUGUUCAUGUUGCAUUGCUUAUCUUGCCAUCAUGUAACAUGAAUCUAAUAUGUAACAUUACAAAGGGCUUCUAAUGUAACGGUGCAUUUGAUUUCUACAGAAGCACUAUUUAU